AUGGAGCUCGCCAUCGGGACGCCGCCGGUGCCGUUCGUUGCCCUCUUCGACACCGACAGCGACCUCACCUGGACGCAGUGUCGGCCGUGCAAGGUCUGCUUCCCGCAUGACAUGCCCGUCUACGACCCCACCGCCUCAUCCAGCUUCUCCCCUCUGACCUGCUCCAGCAAUGCGUGCCUGCCCAUGUGCAGCCGUGGAUGCACCCCUAGCUCCCUCUGCGGCUACCGCGACAGCUCCCACUUGGCUGGCAGCCUGGGCAUGGAGACACUCACGUUCGGCUCUGGCCCCGGCCAGGUACAGGCCGCCGCCUUUGCCGGAGCUGUCGCGUUCGGCUGCGGCAGAGACAAUGGGGGCGACUGGUACAACUCCACUGGGCUGGUCGGCUUCGGCCGCGGGAGCCUGUCUCUUGUGGCGCAGCUAUAG